AGUGCGGUGCAGAGGUCACAGAGAUAAUAAUAAUGGAGACCAAAACUCUUCUUCGCUACACCUUCUUUCUCUGCUUCACCUUGUUGCUAUUCCUCUUCGCUCUCUCCAACCUCCGCUCGCCGCUGUCCACCACAACGGCGCUUCUAGACUGCGCCGCCUACUCCCCCUGGUGCACCGCUAAGAACCGUAUUCAAUCCCACAACGCCAACUUAAUCCAAAAACACGGCAGCCACACUCGCCGGCGCCGCCACCACUCCGCCGACGUCCCCCACCACCCCCUCGACCCUCUCACCAUAUCAGAACUGCAAAAAGUUCAAAAAAUCAUCCGCCAACACGAAUUGUUCAAAAACAGAGCGUAUGCGCUACACUCCGUAGUUCUCGAGGAGCCGGAGAAGAAGACGGUGGUCCGGUGGAAAAAGGGGGAGGCGCUCCCGCCGAGGAAGGCGUCCGUCACGGCACGCGCCGGCAAGGAGGCGUAUGUUCUGACGGUGGAUUUAAGUUCCGGCGAGGUGACCUGCCAUGACUCGAGCGGGUUGUCGGGUUACCCGACGAUGACGGUGGAGGAGAUGUCGUCCGUCACGUGGGCCCCUCUUUCCAGCGCCGAUUUCAAUCGGACGGUGACGGAGCGCGGCGUCGCUUUAUCCGACCUCGCUUGUCUCCCCAUUUCCGCCGGCUGGUUUGGCAAAAGAGAGGAAGGCAGAAGAUUAAUCAAAGUCCAAUGCUACUCCAUGGAAGGCACUGCCAAUUUCUACAUGAGGCCGAUAGAAGGUCUAACAGUACUGGUCGAUUUGGACACGCAGCAAGUGAUCGAAAUCACAGACAAAGGGAAGAAGAUACCAAUUCCAAGCGGCGCCAACACAGACUACAGAUUCUCAGCCCAGAACACCUACCACCGCCUGGUUAAUCCGAUUUCCAUGGAGCAGCCAAAGGGUCCAAGCUUCACCAUAGAAGACAAUCAUCUCGUCAAGUGGGCAAACUGGGAAUUUCACCUAAAACCCGACCCGAGAGCCGGAGUGAUCAUAUCCCGGGCCAUGGUGAAGGACCCCGGCACCGGCGAGAUGAGGAGUGUCCUCUACAAAGGCCUCACUUCCGAGCUCUUCGUCCCCUACAUGGACCCUACCGACGCCUGGUACUUCAAGACCUACAUGGAUGCAGGUGAAUAUGGCUUCGGCCUGCAGGCCAUGCCCCUCGACCCUCUCAACGACUGCCCCAGGAAUGCACACUACAUGGAUGCUGUGUUUGCCGCUGCCGAUGGAUCGCCGUACGUUCGAUCCGGUAUGGUUUGUGUCUUCGAGAGCUACUCCGGCGACAUCGGAUGGCGACACUCCGAAUCCCCCAUCACUGGAAUGGAGAUAACAGAGGCGAGGCCGAAAGUGACAUUGGUGGUAAGAAUGGCUGCUUCCGUGGCCAACUACGACUACAUUGUCGAUUGGGAAUUCCAAACCGAUGGACUGAUUCGAAUCAAGGUUGGUUUGAGUGGAAUCUUGAUGGUGAAAGGCACUUCUUACACCAACAUCAACCAAGUAAACAGCCAAGAACAUCUCUACGGAACUCUCUUGUCCGAAAAUGUCAUCGGCGUCAUCCACGACCACUUCAUCACGUUCCAUCUCGAUAUGGACGUCGACGGAUCAAACAACUCCUUCGUAAAAGUUCAUCUCCAACGGGAGAACACCUCUCCCGGCGAGUCCCCGAGGCUGAGCUACCUGAAGGCAGUGAGAGAUGUGGCCAAGACUGAAAAGGAUGCGCAGAUAAAGCUCAAUCUCUACAAGCCGUCAGAGUUUCAUGUCGUGAAUCCCACAAAGAGGACGAGGGUGGGGAACCCGGUCGGAUACAAGGUUGUCCCUGCCGGCACUGCUGCAAACUUGCUCGAUCACGACGAUCCUCCACAGAAGAGAGGAGCCUUCUCCAACAACCAAAUUUGGGUCACUCCUUACAACGCCUCUGAGCAAUGGGCCGGCGGGUUGCUCACGUACCAAAGCCGGGGGGAUGACACGCUGGAAGUGUGGUCUAACAGGGAUCGUGGGAUCGAGGAGAGGGACAUUGUGGUGUGGUAUACAUUGGGGUUCCAUCACAUUCCGUGCCAAGAAGAUUAUCCGAUUAUGCCGACAGUAUCGUCGAGCUUUGAUCUGAAGCCUGUGAAUUUCUUCGAGAGCAAUCCCAUUCUGAAAACUCCUCCCACAAUGGAGACAGACUUGCCUCACUGCAAACCUGAUCAUGCUUCUGCUGCUUGAUUUGUUGUAUCAUUCUACUAUAAUCUUGAAUACUUUUUUAUUUCAUGUAUUUUUAAGAACGUAGGAAAGAAUCAAAACCAAAUGCACCCUUACCCCACAGUAGCCUCGCAUUUAGGAUCACGCUUAGUAUAAAUUCAGCUCUAGCUCUGCUCUUUGAUUAUCUUUAAAAAUUUCAUCUUCACUAUUUACUUGCUUCA